AUGGCUGACCUUCAGGGCCGCAAGGUGUUCAAGGUGUUCAAUCAGGACUUCAUCGUUGACGAGCGAUACAUGGUCACGAAGGAGCUCGGACAGGGCGCCUAUGGUAUUGUCUGCGCCGCAGUGAACAACCAGACCAACGAGGGCGUCGCCAUCAAGAAGGUCACCAAUGUAUUCAGCAAGAAGAUCCUGGCCAAGCGCGCCUUGCGCGAGAUCAAGCUCCUGCAACACUUCAGGGGACACCGAAACAUCACCUGUCUCUAUGACAUGGACAUUCCUCGACCCGACAAUUUCAACGAGACUUAUCUGUACGAGGAGUUGAUGGAGUGCGAUUUAGCGGCCAUUAUCCGCUCUGGUCAACCUCUCACCGAUGCCCACUUCCAGUCCUUUAUCUAUCAGAUACUGUGCGGUCUGAAGUACAUCCAUUCCGCCAACGUGCUGCACAGAGAUCUGAAGCCCGGUAACUUGUUGGUCAACGCCGACUGCGAGCUCAAGAUCUGCGACUUCGGCCUGGCCCGAGGUUUCUCUGUUGAUCCCGAGGAGAAUGCUGGAUACAUGACAGAAUACGUCGCCACGAGAUGGUAUCGUGCGCCCGAGAUCAUGCUGAGCUUCCAGAACUACACCAAAGCCAUUGAUGUCUGGUCAGUCGGCUGCAUCCUCGCGGAACUCCUCGGCGGUCGACCGUUCUUUAAGGGCCGCGACUACGUCGACCAGCUGAACCAGAUCCUCCAUAUUCUCGGCACGCCGAACGAAGAGACGCUGUCUCGCAUAGGGUCCCCGAGAGCGCAGGAGUACGUGCGUAACCUGCCAUUCAUGGCCAAGAAGCCUUUCCCCUCUCUGUUCCCCAACGCCAACCCAGACGCCCUCGACCUACUGGACCGCAUGCUGGCCUUCGACCCGUCCAGCCGCAUCACCGUCGACGAGGCCCUCGAGCACCCCUACCUGCACAUCUGGCACGACGCUAGUGACGAGCCAGACUGCCCGGCCACCUUCAACUUCGACUUCGAGGUCGUCGAGGAGGUCGCCGACAUGCGCAAGAUGAUCCUCGAGGAGGUCUUCCGGUUCCGCCAGCUCGUCCGCACCGUCCCCGGCUCCGGCCCCGCGGGCAGCACCGGCCAGCAGCCGGGCGCCAGCCAGGUGCCCAUCCCCCAGGGCGCCGCGGGCCACAACCAGUGGACCGCCGAGGAUCCCAGGCCCCAGGAGUAUAUUGGCCAGCAUCAAGAUCUGGAGGCCGAGCUGGGCGGCCGGUAA